UAAGUAUUGAGGUUUCCCAUGUGUUAGGGCGUUGCUUUGAACUACAAAUGCAUGUUUUCAGUAUUUUAUUUAUGAAAAAUUUUCCCCUGCAAUGUAAGAUUUGAGUAUUUUAUUUUUCAAGGGCAUUUUAGUAAAAGUAGUACCCGGCCGGGUUAGGGUGUUACAGCUCAACAAUCGACCGCCUCGCUCAAUCACCUCGUGGGAUGAUAUUCUCAACAAAUUCAUGACCCACUACUGCUCUCCUUCGAAGACGGCAGAGUGGAGAAAGAAGAUCACCCAUUUCGAGCAAGACGAAGAUGAGACCUUGAGAGAUGCUUGGGAAAUAUUCUCCGACUAUUUCCUUCAAUGCCCUCACCAUGGAUUCGAGGAGCAAUUUGGGAUGGGAAAUUUCUAUGGUGGUCUUAUACAUGAAGACAAGAUCCUCAUUGACUCUCUUUGCCAAGGGAGGUUGAUGAACAUGACCCCACCUCAAGUGAACCAGUUGCUCCAAGAUAUGGCUCUUAAAGUAUAUGAUUGGGGCUUGAAGAUAAGUGGGAAGAGAAGCAAUGAAAGAGGAGUAAGAAGUGUGGGAGCAAGUGUUGCACUUGAAGCGAAGCUUGACAAGUUGAUCGAGGUAAUUAUUGAGGAUAAGAAGCAAGGGAAGAUAGCGGUGAUGUCUUGCGAUUGGUGUUCAAGCACUAACCGUGAGAUGGCGUAUUGCCAAGCAAUAAAGGAAGCAAGCAUUCCGGAGGAACAAGUCAAUUUUGUUGCUAAUGCUAGGGGGAACAACCCGUAUAGCAAUACUUAUAACCCCGGGUGGAGAAAUCAUCCUAACUUUGCAUGGUCGUCAUCGACUAAUCCGAGACCCCCUGGUUUCCAAGGCCCUACGGGCAAUUAUCAACCUCGGCCAACUUUCAUCCAAAAAAGGCCUCAAUUCCAAAACUCGAGAACCUCGGUGUACUCAUGAGGGACGGCUUGAUUUCAAAGUUGUUGGCCGUCACAGGUGGGUGUAAGAUAGGCGAUUGAAUGUCCGCCGGCCGUGGGGCCAUGUAAUAACCCAUUGUCCUUGGGGCCUCCUCCUCUGCCGCCUCAUCAUUGUUUUGGACAGGUCCCUCUCUUUGUUGGUUCUUCACCAUCUCAACUCCAAUAUUAAAUUCACCUUCAACUCCUUGAACUUCUACUCCACUAACUCUGGGACACAAUUGUUGUCCUCUUUCUUCAAUUCUCCUCCUUGCUUCCGCUAACUCCCUCUCCCGACCUAGGAGUCGGAGAGUCCUGUUGAUGUUCUCGUCACGUGGUACCAAAUGCGUCGAAUUGCUCCGGGUCAUGCACCUCCCUGCACACACUUAGAAAACAACACCACGUCUAGCACAAGAAAAAAACUAAUACAAUCAAAGCUAAAAAAUAAAAGGUAGAUUGACAU